UACAAAACCAAAUGGCUGGAAUCAUUCAAAAAAGAGACGAGCUUGGACGUAUUCUAGUGCAGGUGCAGAAUGAUUUAACUCAGCUGAGGAAGAGGUUGGGUCGAAUAGACCAGGAUGGGACUUUGGAUGUUCAGGCUCUUGAAGCGGUGAUCCGCAGGACAGAAGACAGUAUCAAGAGCCAUACAGAGGAAUAUCUAAAGAUGGCAAAUAAGCAAGUACUGAUUCUUCCAGUCAUUGAACAUGUUGAGAAGAAAAUUGUGAAGGUCGCCAAAUGGCAGCCACCCACUGAUUCCAUCCCAUAUAUUCCUCCUAAAAAAUAUCUGUUUCCUGGAGCAUCUCCUGGUGAGAAGCACAAGGCAGCUUUUACAAUGCGGCUUCUAUAUAACCCUGACCACCCAAAACACAGAGCGGUGAUGCACCAAAACUAUGGCAUUCAACUUCCUGAUUUCUUCACGAAACCUGGGACUCAUGUGGGAACACAGAAAUCCAUGAGCUCUACAAUGGCUGUUGUACCUAUAGAACAAGACAGAACUAUUCUCCCUGCAUCCCAUCUCUGUGAUGAGGACAAGGGUGUAGGCAAGAAUACACUGUGUAAAGAGUGUAUGUUUGUAUGUUUCCAUAUAGGGCUUGCCAGUCGCUUAGAGAAAAGACUUCCUCCUUCAGCAAGUGAUUUCAAGUGGGUAAAAAAUCUUUUAUUACCCCAGCGCCAAAGAGAGGACAGAAGCACCAAUAAAAUGGAAAAAUAUCAGAGGGACAGAACACAAAGUAAGGACGUCACCAGAGCUUCCAAAAUAAUUGGUGCAAAAUUCCCAUCCGUUUGGGCCACUCAGACUCCACCUCCCUCUGCUUCUUCCGAGAGCAGACUCCUUCCCCGUGGAUCAGCACGACUCAUGCCACUCAACUCUCAGUGUGCCCUAGCAUUACCACCAGCUCCCAGUAGCCAGCACGUCUUCAGUAUAGUGGAGGGACGAAUUGAUCCGAGUGCAGCUGAUUUCUGUGCUUUUAAAGAGUACUGCUGUCUACAGUGGAGCACUUUGCUAGAGGCACUGUGGCAUCUGGAGCGGUUGCUGAGCCAGUUUGCUGUGCCUCAUGCACUGGUGUGUGGCAAUCGACUUGUGGCCCUGGCACAGAGUGGUGAGCUACACUGGGGCAGGCAUGAGUGCCUUCUCUCUGCUCUGGAGAACAGGGAGGAGGUGCUGGAGCUGAUGAAGAAGCCUGGGCAACGCUACAAAGGUGCGGGUGGUCGGCGGGCGGCUGCUGUGCGCAUCCAGGCCUGCUGGAGGUGCUAUCACACUCGCACUGCCUACCUGCACCAACAGAGUUGCAAGCGUGCAGCCAGAACCAUUGCUAUGUCCUGGCUAUCUCAUACCCAUCUAAGCCACGUGAGGAAGAGCCUGCAGGCCACCCGACUACGCCACCUGGAGAACUACCACAGCAGAGCGAAGCAUUUGGCCACCAACUGGAACCACCUCAUCACCACCAAGAGGACAAUUAUCCACGUACCUUCUUUAGGAUACUCCCAGGAACAGCGUCACAGCCUAAGAAGGUUUGACAUACUGCAAAACACUCAGAUGGGUCGGCUGUGUGACAUUAGAGAUAAGAAUGUGGAGGUGAUCUAUGUGUGUCCGGUGCAUCUGGGAGAGGACUCGGUCAACUACUACACUCAUCUUCUGGGCAUGAAUGAAGCUGUAGAGACAGGGAAGCCCACAUCUUCCAGCUGUGCCAAAAGUUUCACCAUCCUCACACCUGAGGCACAUCAGCACUUUUCAAGUCACUGCAUGUGUGUGUCCACACUGCUGAAGUACAGCCCACACACUCUGCGUCGUAUUAAGAACCUGAUCCAAGGGAAGCAAGCCUAUUUAGUCAGUGGUGUUACUCACAUGGAUGAUCUGGCUGUGGCGGAUGAGUUAGGAGUGCCAGUCCUAGGCCCCGAGCCUGCGGUGGCACAGCUCUAUGGAACAAAGUCUGGAAUCAGGAGGAUCUUCCGCAGCAGUGAUGUUAGCAUGCCCCCAGGACAAGAUGACAUAUACACACUGCAGCAGUUGCAUGAAUGUUUUGCCCAGCUGAUGACAGAUCAUUUAGAGGUGCAGCGUUGGCUGUUUAAGAUGGAUGAUGGGUUGGGUGGCCAUGGUACAGCCUACUGUGAUGUCUGUCAGGUGAGCUUCCGGCGUUGGGCUUUGCAGGAGUAUCAUCGUCACGGACCACAGAUAUGGAGGCUGGCUUGGGCUCAGGAACGCGUGCUAAAAAGGUUUCUUGAGGCAGUGCCUGCUCUGUUGGCCGCUCAUGCCAAGCCUUUUGACACGUCUUGCUAUCCAACCUGGAGCUGCUUCCUUGAGCACUUUCUCAGAAAGGGUGGCGUGAUUGAGGCUUACCCUCCUUCAGAUAGUGUGACCUGUAUAACAGUGGAUCUGCUGGUGGAGCCUGGUGGAGGAGUACGCAUGCUCUCCUGUGGAGAUCAGCUGCAUGGGUCUGGUUUCCUGCAGGUAUCAGGCUUCACUGUACCACAGAAUUCUGUUUGCCCCGAUGUCCUGUACGCCAUCUGCAUGAGGAUAGGCAAAGCCUGCCAGGAACAGCAAAUCCUGGGCCAUUUUUCCCUCGACCUUAUCACCUUUCUGGAGCCUGGCACGCUGAAACAGCAGGUGUGGGCUGUUGAUCUGGAUCUGGGCUACAGUAACCAGCUGGCUAUGACCCAGAUCAUGCUCCAUAUAACAGGAGGAACACUGAACUGCCAUGCAGGUCGCCUGGAGGUUCCUUUUCCAGUCCGAAACAGCAAGCCCCCUUCAUGCCACAGAGCUCCAACAGCUAACGCUCCAGCACCAUCAUCAAGUCGUUUUGCAGUGAUGAGCAGCCGGCUCUAUCACACCAACCUCUCUAUGGUCCACUACAAUGUGUUGUUCCAGAUGUGCAGGGCACACGGCAUCGGAUUUGACAUCAAGGAAAGGCAUGGCUCUGUGUUUGCACUUCAUGACAGUGCAGAAAGAAGCAGCCUCGGCAUGAUAACAAUCUCACCAGAUCUCAAGGGAGCGCUGCUGACCUUUGCUCGCAACCUCACUGUCAUUCAUCAAGAAAUAUCAGCCCCGAAUAUGCAAGGAGAGACCAAUUUUAAGGACCUGAUUAAGAAUAUCAAGGAGGUGCUGGAUUUAAUAACCCAGAACACCAACAAGGAGCACAAAGAAAAUGAGACAUGUGCAGAUGUUUAACUUUUCCUUUUACCAGUUAACCAACACAUCUGCCAUAUGUAUAUACAAAGAGAGAAAUAUGUAGAGAGAUUAAUAAAAUGAAGAUAAAAUUGCAUAUAGAUCACAUUAGUAAAUACCAUGUGAUGAAAUACUGAAUGGAAUGGAAUAUGACCAACGAGUAUACUAUAGUACAGUCGUGUAGAAAUAGUAACAGU